ACUGCAGGCUUGGCUUUUUCCAAACAUUUGGGAUCGAGAAAAAAGAACAAUAUUUUGACAAUGGCGUGUUGUGAAGUUUGUUGUUCUAAUGUCAAAUAAUUAAAUAUUACUAUGUUUAAGAAUUGAGUCCUUGUGAUUUCGAAAGAUUGUAUUGGAGUUUUCAGUUAUGGAGAGUAUUCCUAGUCAACGAAUUCGAAAGAUUUCAGUAUGCUGUUCUGUGAUUGCUUGAGUCUGCCAAACUCCUAAAAUGGAACUGAAAGUCUGGGUGGAAGGAAUUCAGAGAAUUGUUUGUGGAGUAACGGAAACAACAACUUGUCAGGAUGUAGUCUAUGCAUUAGCUCACGCCACAGGGAAAACUGGACGUUUCACUUUGAUUGAACGCUGGAGGAACAACGAGCGACUGCUUGCUCCUCAAGAACAUCCGCUCAAGGUGCUCACCAAAUGGGGAGAAUACUCGAACGACGUACAGUUGAUAUUGCAGCGGUCGGGGGGUACGGCUACCGGGGGCGGUGCCAAACCCCUUGGCCCCGCCUCACCUACCGGGGGUGGCCUUGGCCCCGCCUCGCCACCCCCAAGCCCCAGUGACCCGCCGCCUCCACCCGAUCGCAACAAGGACAUCCGCAAGUCGCUGACUUUCAGUGGAGGCGGCGCAGCAAGGCAGGCGCUCGAGGCACGCCGAAACGAGAAUGUCGGCGCCCCCAGAAACGUGCCGCCCCAGUCGUUGCAGGUCAAGAACCAGGCGGCCGGCAACUCUUCUCCUAGUCACCAGGUGUCGCCGGGUGAUGUAGGAGGGGGAGGGGGUAAGCGGGAAGCGCCGCCGUACCGCGACCCCCCCGGCCCCCUGCAACGGGUGUUGCCUCCCUACCGGGACCCCCCUCCACCCACCACUUCCACCAAGCCAAACAGGAAUUUGCUCAAGGAGUUUGAUAGAGCUAGUGGUGGCAACGACGAGUCAGUUCUGUACAAUUCGCAGUAUCGCGACUUGGUCUGUCUGGUCAACUAUCAGCGAGACAAACUGUCUUCGCAACAGGCUGAACUCACAAAGUACGAUGCAGAGAUUGUAUUUUGGGAAGGCAAGACGAGAGAGCAGCAGCACCAGCUGGAUUUCAUGUCACAAGAAACUGCCAGAAUAGAAGCCGCUAGUCGUCAGGCUGAGGAACAAUUGAGGUUGCUUGGUCCUGUAGAAGAGGAGAAUGAAAUCGUAAGACAGCAAGAGAAGACAUUAAAGUCAGAGCUCACUCUUCUCAGAUCCAAACUAGCUAAUUGUGAAACGGAACUCUUACAAUGUAAAAAUAAAAUUAGGGUUCUGAUGGAGGAAGUGGCUGAGGAGGUGAGGGCGGGUGAAGAGCGCUCUCAGAUGGAACGCAGCAUGUUGGCCGAGGUGGAGCGACUGCAGCAGGAAGUGGAGGAGGCCAAACAAGGCGCCGAAAUGGCCGCCCAGUCAGCCGAUGCUCUCAGGAAAGAGGUACAAUCACUUGAAACUGCCAUAACCGAGAAGCCUAUUCUUUCGUCUCGAUAUCUAUGGAGGGGGUUGUGCUCCCUCCCACAACUCCCACUUGCCCCCGGUGGCAAGAACUUUGACUUUGAAGCAUUGAUCAAAGUUCUUGUUGUGCUCAAAGCCAUGGGACCACAUAAGCCAGGUAGCACAAGGCGUAUGAUCGGAUCUCCUCGUCAGCUCGAGAAUGCUGUUCCAACCAGUAAGAAUCCUCACGGCGUUUGGGUCUAGUUCCAAGUGAAAACGUCACCUCAAAUAUCAUCAAUCAUCUCUUUUUCAGUACGUAACAGAAAACUACCCAUAUCUUGGAAGAAGUGGACCAUUUUAAUAUUUUUCUAUAAGUACAUUUGCGUCAAACUCUUGUGUUCCAGUAGAGUUUAGCAUUUUUAAUGCUACAUCCACAUGUUGGCCCAAUAAAGACCAAUGACGACCAGCGCCAGUGUGUGGAUCGGUGGUUUGCCAGCACUGUCCUUCACAGGCCUACGUUGGGUUACCAGACUGGGCCAGCGACAGGGCCAACGUAAUUAUGGACUAGGCAUUUCAUCUUCUACCGGCCUAAAAACGUCACUCAAGGCUUAAUAUGCGAGUGAUCGGAGAUAAAUAAUUUUUAUCUUCGCUUGUGCAACCGCCCGUUAGUCUAGAGGACUGUCGUCACAUCUUUUAUGCAAAUUGAAAUGUAACAAUUGUAUACAAGUAUCCCCUGUUAGAGAGUUAGUACUUCUCUCUAUUCUCUUCAAACGUUUGUUUUAACUAUUCGUUAUUCAUUGUAAAAUCAACUUGAAAAUCUACUUUAUACAAUCAAGUCAAGUUUUUACUGAGCUCAUUUCUAAAUUAACUGCAAUAUUCCAAUUUACUGGCUUCAUGAAUAUAAAAAUGUUGAAAUAUAUUAUAUUUAUUAUUAUCAAGUGCAAUGCCUCUGAGGUAUUAUAUAGAAUAUAUAUUAAAUAUAUACAUCAGAUUCAUCACAGGUUUUCCAAAGAGUAAUAAAAUUACUCGAAAUUGAUGGAGUUUGAUUUAAAAAUACCUGGCAGAAAGGUUAUGAAGCAAGGCUUCUUUUUCUACAAGUAUUAUGUAUCUCGAUUAUUUAGUUUUUUUGAGAACUCUUGAAAUAUCUAGUUUUUUCUAACUUUGGUAUCAAAUACCAAUGCCAAUCUGUAUUAUUAGUUAAUGGUUCCAACUCACCUGGACAUUAUUGUCCUCCAAUUAUUCAAUGUGUGUCAGUUAGAUAUGUGUUUUCGGAUUUCGGAUUGGCUUUAACAAUAAUGGUAAUAAUCCAUUAUAUGACUAGUGAGAAGAUAAUUAAUGCAUCUGUUCCCUUGCCUGUUUAACUUGUUUUUGUGCUUAACAUGAUCAUAAAGGUUUCAGUCCAUCUCGAACUACUGUAUUUCUAAUUGAUGAUCAACCAUAUGAAACUGUUAAUUAUGGGCUUUGUAUAUUAUGGGCUUUGUCUUUUUCGAUCGAAUCAAUGAUUGAAUGGUAGAGAACGAUUGGCGUAGGUUGUAGGCUACUCCAGCACUUAUCAAGUGUAAUUCACUGACAUGAUAAAGCAAGUGCUGGUACUUAGUACUCAUAGUUCAGAUUCAACUCAAAGCAUUCAAUUAAAAAUGUUCUAGUUGAUUAUACUUUUCAACUUAUUGGCAGAAUAAGUUCUACUGCAAAUAAUUAAAAUUGAGCGCCUUUUUUAAAUUAAUUAAGAAUAGGUUAUCGAGCUUAAGUUUUAAAGUUUAGAGUGAAGAAAUCAAGUUGAAUGUGUUCUAGUUCAGUAGGUUGCUUAGAAGAACUUUCAACCAUUGUCAAUUAUUUUGUUCCUUAAUAGAAUAUUGAAUUUCGAUUAUUCAAACUUGUAUAAAGUGCCAUUUCAAGGAAGACUUCUAACUCAGUGUAGCUAUUUAUUUUGAUAGCCUUUUAGAUACUUUCCGAUAUUUGUUUUUUAAUUAUCAGUUCAUAGAACAGUUUCUGAUAUAGCUAUGUUAUAUCACUAUUACUAUUACUAUUAUACUGGUAGUUUUGUUUUACUUGGAAACUACUAUCUUUUCCAGAAUAACUUAUACAAUAAUGUGAAUUACAGUAAUGCAACAGAAUAUUUGUACUGAAUUUUCGAACGAUCCAUACAUUUUCACUGUCACAAUUUUAUGAAAAAAAUUCAAGUCUCAAAUUUUAUAGAGAUUCUCUCACUCUUCAUAUUAGUUUGUAAUUAUAAGAUAUGUAUUUAUUGUUGUAUAAAUAUUUCUCGUAUCGAGUUUUAUAAGUUAAAAGUCUAUGUGAAAUUGAAACUUUAAGAUGUGUUCAAGAGAGUUCUAAACAGUUUUAGAUGGAGCCGUUUAAAUGCAUCAAAUUCAUAAAAUGUAAAUUUGAAGAUGAUUUUGGAUUUGACCUCACUAUCGGAUAACCCAAUACAAUCCAUCUGCAUUGAUCUACAUAACUGCACUCUCUCCUAAGAGUAUCGUGUAUAGAGGCCUAAAUGUUUAUAAAAAUAUAAGUACAAAUUAUGCUCUUCUAAAAAAAGAUUCCACUUUUUUGUAACUUUAUUAGACAUUUUACAUUUCCAAAAAUUGGCAGUUUUUAUGACCUUGAUUACCUGGAAAUUAUUUUGUGUAGGGAUGCUACCGCCAAGAAUAUCUUUGAAGAGUAGUAGAUUCACGUGUUUUAACCCCUCAUAUAAGCUCUCUUUUUAUACCAAAGCUGUAUUGUUUUGUGGCAGAAUUGUUUUGUAAAAAUGAAUUAUGUUUUAUUGUUCUGUUUGAGAUUUAUAUGGUCUCAAAUUAUCAGUCUCUAAACGCACUUUAUAACUACUUUCACUGUUUGCAUAUCAUAAAUUCUCACUUCAGCGCACUAAUUCUUACAAACUUAUAAACAUAUCUAUUCAAUUAUCACAAACAACAUAAUCAUCGGUAUAAUCAAGUCACCUUUGGAGUUUUUAAUACUGAAUAAUGAUUUAAUAGUAUUUACUUACACGUGUGUGAUAUAUAGAACAAUAGAUUUGCAGUUAGAGUAAGUUUUGUUAUUGUUAAUUAUUAUUCAUUGUUAUAUUUAUUGCAUGACAAGAGUGAAAAAAAUAGUCUAUUUAUAUUGUAAAUAUUUGUGUAACGUAGGCCAACCUAAUGUUUCUCUAUAGAUCAUAAUUUACAUAGUUUUUGGAACGUUUAUAUAAUUAUUUAUUGAGUGUAUUAUAACCGAUACCUCGGAAGUUUUAGUUUUGUAUUGAUUCUUAUAACUGAAUUGAUAAUAUUUAUUUUUGUGCUAACUUAUUACAUUUUAUUAUUUUAUGCAAUCGAGACUGCUGUGUUUUGUACUCAAAUUGAUUUUCUUUUAAUGUGCAUUUUUUAUUGAGAUAAUAUAAAUUUCAAUAAGAGCAA